UGUUCACUUAUCUUUAUAUCUGUUCAGUACUUACCUUAUUUUCAACAAAUCGUGGAUCUCACAAGUACGGUCCUGUAACGAAACCUAAUUAUUCUUCUAAUUUAACUGUUCUUGCUAUCAACUCGGCGACCAAUAGUUUGGAAGAAUGUCAAUAACUUUUCAACAAAUUAUGUUGGAUGCUGAAAAGCUGGUGGGACGCAUUUCAGAUCAAGAAAAUAAUACGGAUAAUUUGAUAUCAGAUAUACAAUCAGUAUGCAGUCAAAUCGACAGCAUGAAACAAUAUCAAGAGGAAGUUGAAAUCCUUAACUCGGAAGCACACCACAGACCUCACUUACAAUUAAUUGCUGGAAUUCAACAAGAAAAUAAAUAUCUGCGUGAAAUUCAAGCAGAGAAUAAAGAAUUAAAAAAUGCGUUGGAGGAUCAUCAGAAUGCUCUUGAACUAAUAAUGUCAAAAUACAGAGAACAGACUUCAUCUUUGAUUCGCCGUUGCAAAGUGGAUUUUACCUCCUUCCACAAUUCAAAAUAUACUCAGUUGAUUACCAGCCAAGCGGAAAAGAUCAAUGAGAUGGCAGCAGUAAUGAAAACUGCAGCUGCGAUCGAUGAAGAGAAUGAUAUUAGAGGAAAGGAGGUUUAUUCUCGACUGAAAGAAGAGAAUACUGUUCUACGAGAAAUACUUGAUAUAGCUAACAAGUACGGAUCUCUGGAUAAAGAUCCAACGAUGGAUGAUAAAACUGUUCAAACAGAGCCAGCAUAAGAAAAUUUGAGACUUUAACACAAUGGAGAUAUAGUUAAUCGAGGACAUAGGUCACAGGUCACCUCUGAGCAAACUUGGAUGUGGAUGGCAGGAAAGACCAAGUGCAUUGGUAUACGUGCACAAAUAUACCAGCCCUGCUAAAAGGAUUACAGCGAACUGCCAAUCGAUUGUUGGAGAAUAUUUCAUAGUCGCAAAGUAAAAAGUAGUUUCGUUACCGUCCACAUCCGGAAAAAUAUUAAUCUCGGUAACGUCUAUGAAUUGGCAAGGUCACUGGUUUGCAAAGGUUUGGUCAACUUCUUGAAAUAACUUGAAAGCUAGUUUUCGCAUCCAGGAAAUUUUCGUAAUUAAACUACUAGAAAGUUGAAGUAUACAAUUUUAUUUUGUAAACGUGAGAUCCUUACACUUUUUCUCCCCUCGACGGGUUAUCGGAGAAAGGUGACCCGUGCGGGAAGAACGAGCUUACUGAACUGAAUCACUACUGCAUUUCAAAUCUCUUACAAUCCUUCAUCUGUCUUCAGCAUCGUAUAUUAUUACCUGAUUGCCAAAAUAAAUUUAUGCAGCAUUUUCGUUACGCAGACAAGUUUGUCAAUUAACGUCCUCGCGUUGAACAUAAUUUUUUAUAUCUCAGCUAGUCGGUGUUUUAAACACAUGUCAGUUAUAUUUCACCAUGAGGUUUAUCGUAUGGCCAGCUAUCAUCGGUUACUAUUUGAAUCUCUUUUUAACUUGUAAAAUAUUGACAUAAUUAUAAAUUAACAAAUACCAGGCACUGCCCCUAUUUCAAAGGUGAAAAUUUCAAUACAGCAUUAAACCAAUAUAGGUAUGUAACAAUUACUUGUAGAUGACAAAACUUCGUACUUAUGGUUGUAAACAAGGUAACAAAAUAUUUGUACAUUAUUAAACAACGCUUGAAAUU